AUGACGACCAUGGAUCUUCGCGUCGGCAAUAAAUACAGAAUCGGCCGCAAAAUUGGCAGCGGCAGUUUCGGUGAUAUUUACCUUGGUACGCAGCAGAAGCCUCUCUCGCCUGAGCGUGAUAUCAGCUCAGCUCGCCUCGCCUCAGCCUUGCUAACAAGUACAGGUACCAACAUCAUCUCUGGCGAGGAGAUUGCCAUUAAGCUCGAGAGCGUCAAGGCAAAGCACCCUCAGCUCGAAUAUGAGGCCCGCGUCUACAAGUCGCUUGCUGGCGGCGUCGGUAUUCCCUUUGUCCGCUGGUUCGGAACCGAGUGUGACUACAACGCCAUGGUCCUGGACCUGCUCGGCCCUUCGCUGGAAGAUCUCUUCAACUUCUGCAACCGCAAGUUCUCGCUGAAGACGGUGCUGCUGCUCGCGGACCAGCUCAUCUCCCGCAUCGAGUACAUCCACGCCAAGUCUUUUAUCCACCGUGAUAUCAAGCCCGACAACUUCCUCAUGGGCAUUGGCAAGCGUGGAAACCAGGUCAACGUCAUUGACUUUGGUCUCGCCAAGAAGUACCGCGACCCCAAGACUCACUUCCACAUUCCUUACCGUGAGAACAAGAACUUGACUGGUACCGCCCGUUAUGCCAGCAUCAACACCCACUUGGGUGUCGAACAAUCCCGCCGUGAUGACAUGGAGUCGCUUGGCUAUGUCAUGCUUUACUUCUGCCGCGGUUCCCUUCCCUGGCAGGGUCUUAAGGCGGCCACCAAGAAGCAGAAAUACGAUCGCAUCAUGGAGAAGAAGAUGACGACUCCCACCGAGGUUCUCUGCCGUGGCUUCCCCAACGAGUUUGCCAUCUACCUCAACUACACUCGCUCGCUGCGUUUUGACGACAAGCCGGACUACUCGUACCUCCGCAAGAUCUUCCGCGAUCUCUUUGUUCGUGAGGGCUUCCAGUACGACUACGUGUUCGACUGGACCGUGUACAAGUACCAGAAGAAUGCCCAAGCCAUCGCCCAGGCUGCCAACCAGGGCCAGGGCGAUGAAGACGACAAGGGUCGCGGACGUCACGUCACAACCACGGCUGCUGCCAAUGCCGGUACCGCUGCUGGCACCAAGCGCGGACCGGUCAACGCACGCCAGGAGGGCACCGGAAUGUGA